ACAAACAGGGAAAACCAAUUCCAACAAAUGCUGCUGGUGUUCCAGUGAACAGUCGUGGAGAACCACUACCUACAGAUGAAAGCGGAAAUAUGAUCUAUCCGGCUGGUGGAUUGGAUGUCCCAGCACUUCCAACUGACAGUUAUGGACGACCUAUUUAUGAUGUCAUUGGACCUGAUGGUGAACCUUUGCCAAGAGGUCCUGAUGGAAUGGUUUUAGACAAACAGGGAAAACCAAUUCCAACAAAUGCUGCUGGUGUUCCAGUGAAUAAUCGUGGAGAACCACUGCCUAGAGAUAGAAGCGGAAAUAUAAUCUAUCCGGCUGGUGGAUUGGAUGUCCCAGCACUUCCAACUGACAGUUAUGGAAGACCUAUUUAUGAUGUCAUUGGACCUGAUGGUGAACCUUUGCCAAGAGGUCCUGAUGGAAUUGUUUUAGACAAACAGGGAAAACCAAUUCCAACAAAUGCAGCAGGAGUUCCGAUUGACGGCCGUGGAAACCCUUUGCCUACUGAUUCUAACGGGAAUUUAGUGUAUGGGGGAGAAGUCCCGUUUGUUACUGAAGAAUCUGAUCAGCAAUUGGAGAUUGGACCUGAUGAUGGGCUGCUACCAGCUGACGGCCAACCGGUUCCAACUGACGAAAGUCGAAUUGCGCUUGACGUUGGUCCAACGUCAGAGGAUUUUGGCGGGGAUAUGAUUGAGAUUGAACCAGUUGAAAUGUUACCAACCGAUUCGAUUGGUCGUUUAAAAGAGGUUGUUGAUGGAGAGGGAAGACCGUUACCCACUGAUGAAUUUGGUCGAUAUUUGCUGGCACCCAAUCAUCCCAUCCAGACGGACGAUGCUGGUAGAUUAAUUGGACCAGAUGGUCAACCGCUCCCUACUGAUGAUUCUGGUAACUAUGUUUAUAGAGAAAAAAUGAAAUAUCCGAGUGAAGUGAAAGAUGAUUUCGGACGUCCAUUGCCAACCGAUGAAGAUGUGGGGAGGAAUGGUUCGAAAAUUGCAACAGAAUCAACAGGGCUGACGUUGGAUGGACAGGGUGUGAUAUUACCUACUGACAAACAUGGCACUUUCGCAAUGGGGAAAGUUCCGACACCAACAAAAUCAUAUCAGAUUUUAGAUGAAAAAAAUCAAAUACUACCAACUGAUGAAACCGGUAAUUUUUUAAAUCUUGAAGGGUAUCCGAUUGCUGAAAAUGAAGAUGGAAAACCAAUUUCUGCAGAUGGAGUAGUGUUACCUACCACUGAUACAGGUCAUUACAUCCUUAAUACUACGCAGCAAAAGCCUAUGAUAUCUACGGGAAAAGAGAAAUCGCAGAUAGUAGAUAUGCAAGGAUCACUUUUACCAACUGAUCGAAGUGACACUGUUAUUAGUCCCGAUCAUUAUCCACUACCGACUGACCAAUUAAAGCCAGAAGAGAAACCAUAUCCAACAGACCGAAAUCAUCGUCCAAUUUAUCCGGUUGUUGGAUACGAUGGCCAACUUCUGCCAACAAACAAUGAAGGAAUGGCACUUGAUCUUGAGGGACAUCCAAUUCCAACUAACAUUGUUGGACGACCACUGGAUGAAGAUGGUGAAAUAUUACCAAUGGAUUCUCAAGGAAAUGUUGUCUACAGUAGUGGAAGGAAGAAUUGUAGCACACACAUGGGUGUUAUGGAUAUUGUAGUGGUAAUUAACGUGCAGACUUUAAAUUAUGACAAUUUCGAACAUGUGAAGAAAGUAAUUCAGAAUCUUGUGGAUGAAUACUUCGAUUUUGCACCGGAUGUAACCCAAUUUGCACUGGUUAAAUAUAGUGGAACUGCUGAAGUACCAAUUACAUUAGGCGGUUACAACGAGAAAAUGGAGCUAUUGGAAGAGUUAAGUCAAGUCAAAAUUGAUAUUAAAGAGCAUCCCAGACUGAUUAUCGGAAUCAAUGCUGCCAAACAACAAUUCAUUUCGUUUGGUCGCGAGAAUGCUGGAAAGUUAAUGAUAGUGAUAACUGAUGGACAAGAUAUAUAUUCGGAGGAUCGCUUUGCAGACAAUAUUCCAAUGCUUCUUGUUGGCAACAGACAAUUUGAAGAAGAAAUUAGAGAUUGGACUAAAUCAUACAUUUUAGUAGAUUCUUGGGAAGAACUUCGUGCUGACUCUAUUGCUAAAAUGAUCGAAAAGGAGUGCUUGCUUGGUAGAAUUUUCAUCCCAACAAAAAAAGUAUCUCCAAGGACAAAAUCUGGAAGAUUCGAGAAGUUUGCCAGUUCGCCAUUACCAACCAAUGAACUUCAUCGUAUUGAUGAACUUGAUGAAGUUGUGCCAAAUGAACAAAUUGUCUCGACUACCGAUAAAUACAGUCAUGUCAUAUAUCCUAUAAAAGCUGCUAGUAGUAAAUUGCUUCCCGUAAAUAAAAAUGGUUUAGUGACGGAUAAGCUAGGGCGGAUAAUUGAAUUUGGCGAUUAUGGUAAAUUAGACGGGGGGCUACCAACAGAUGAAUCUGAAGCUAUUAUUUAUCCGGAUCUUGAUACCGAUGGUAAACCUUUAUCCACUGAUGACAAAAAAAGAUGGAAUGCAGUCACUAUUGAUGGGAAACCGUUACCAGCUAAUCAAGAUGGUAUAUUAGAUGUUAGUAAAAGACCGAUUACCGCGAAUUUGGCUGGACGAUAUAGUGACUCUCAAGAAUUGUCAUAUCCACUUCAACGUGAUGACAACAUCAUUAUGGCAAAGAAAACAGAAAAAAUGAUAGAUGCAACCGAUUCUGCUCAACCGCUUUUGUAUCCAAUCAUCGAUCCGGAUAAUAUCUUAUUGCCAAGGGAUGCUUCGAAUAUUUACGUAAACAGUAUUGGACAGGAGAUUGGACGUGAUGAUAGUGAAAAACCUCUAGGCCCUGAUGGAGAACCCGUGCCAAUCAACGACGCAGGAGGAUUCAUUUAUCCAAAACAUAGUCCAACUGAACCUGAUUACAUACCAAAAGAACACAAAGCAACUGUGGUUGACUUGUUCGGAAGAUCCUUACCUACCAACAAAUAUGGCGAUUCAAUAUAUUAUCGACUAAUUGAUGAUCGUAGAAAGCUUACUUAUCAAAUAUUUGGUGAGAAUGAUGGAGUUCUUCCAACAGAUGAAAGUGGCUCUCAUAUCAAUACGGAUGGUAAACCAGUACCAGCUAAUUUCUACAGCGAACCAUUGAAUAACGAGAGAAGUUUAGUUCUUGCAACUGAUACCAGUGGACAUCAUAUUUCAAACAGAAAAUUGACCGAUAAACUGUUACCUACUGAUGGAGAUGAUAAUGUUUUAUAUCCAGUAACGGAUACAGAAUUGAAAAUCAUUUCAGAUACAUUAAUAUCAACGACGUCUACUUCGUUGCCGUUCUUGGUUUUGUUGCCCGAUGGUCGUCCAUUAUCAGCUGGUGAUAAUGGUGCUUACUUUGAUGAUAAGGGACAAAGUUUGGUUCAUAUUGAUCAAAAUGGCCGUCCUGUAAUAUCAGCUGAUGGAACACCACUGAAGGAAAUUGGUGAUGGCAAAUAUCUUUAUCCAUAUGAACCUCAGACAAAAAAACCAAUCUUUACUAGUGUUGGUGAUGAUGGUCAUUUAUUACGGACAAAUCCUUAUGGUCGUCAGGUUCAAUUAAAAAGCAGAGAUGAAUCUAGAUCUGUUGACAAGUAUGACAGAUUAUCUUCAGAAGGUGAUCAUAGAAACGGCAUAUCAAAUAUGAAAACAAAUGGAAUAUAUAAUUCAUCAACACCAUCCAGAACCAGCACUUGGACUAAUUCAUCGUCAUAUUGUGUGGUCAGUUCAAACGUUGACAUGUUACUCAUCUUGGAUUCAUCAAGCAAUGUUAGGAUUAUUGAUCAUAGGAUUAUGAAGGAUUUCAUCAAAAAUUUCUUAGUUGAUUAUUUCAACUUACGACGCAAUUACGUUCGUGUUGGUGUAAUGAAAUACGGUGAUAAGGUCGAAAUUCCGAUAUCACUGGGUGAUUACGAUAGUCAGACUGAGCUCCUAUCGAGAAUUAGCAAGACCAGGCGUAUGCGUGGUGAAGCUAAUCUUGGCCAGUCUUUGCUUGAUGCUUCUGGAGAAUUCCUUAUUUUCGGAUCCAAAGAUAUUCCUCGAAUUGUAAUUAUAUUUUCAAAUGGGCAGCCCAGGGGUAACUUGAAAGAAAAUGCUCGUCUUCUACGAGAAAAUACAAAAGCUCUUAUAUUCCUGGUUGAUGUUGGAAAUCAAGGUGAUAAUAUCCGAAAUUUGGAAAUUGUUGGUGAAUCGAACCCACACCGAAUUAUUACCAUCGAUGAAUGGAAUGGUGUAAAUCCAAAGAUUCUGCGUCCUUUUGUUGAUGAGUUGUGCAAGUUAUUCCCUCAAAGAAAGGACAAGACAAAUACAGAUGGUACUUGGCCAACAAGACAAACCAAAAUACAAAUUACAACUCCUGCACGCGUUUGCAAUAGAGUUGAUUUUCAGGCAGAUAUAAUGUUUAUUUUGGAUUCCUCCGAUAAAGUAACAUCAGAAGAAUAUGCUAACUUAAAAGAAGAUAUCAGUAUGUUGAUUGAUGAAACUUUCGAUUUGUCACCUGAUAUUGUUCGCGUUGGUCUCGUCGAAUAUAGUGACAGGGCAUCAGUCCCUGUACCACUUGGGUAUUACGAUCAUAAAGUGCAACUUUUGGCGGAUAUAUCAAACAGUGAACAACUUGGUGGUACGCCGAUUAUUCUACGAGGUUUUCAUGCUGCCAAAGAACAAUUCCAACAAAAUGGUCGGAGUGGUGUUUCAAGAAUUUUGCUAUUAAUAACGAGUGGUGCUAAUCGCGGUAAUGUAGUUUUCGCAGCAGAUGAUCUUCGUGAUAGUCUGAAUGUAAGCAUCUUUGUGCUGGUUAUAAAUGCAACUCAAGGGGCGCAAAUGAUGCUAAAUCGUUUGGUUGGUGAUGAAUACACGCAACAACGAAUAAUAUCAAUUCCAAGUAUAACCAAAUUGCACGAAUUAGAAUUAUUACAAAUAGGACAAGCACUAUGUGGUAACAUUGAUGUGGCCGCCGCUCCUAUUUGGCCAGCGCAAGAAAUUCCACACCGAACAACGAAACGUGAAAUUAAUUACGCCAAAGCAAAACGCAAGAAAGACAAAAUAUCUCGUUCGACAAUGCACUAUUGGAAAACAACAACCAAACAUUUCGCUCCAGUACCACUUUGCAAAGAUGGUUUCUUACGCCCGUAUCAACUUUCGAUUGUUGUUGACAAUACCGCCAGAUCACCUGAGAAAGAUUUCCGCUUGGUACUAAAUCAUGUUGCCAACUUUUUGAAAAUGCGAUUUUCACCAGAAAGCAAACUUAUGCAAUUGAAUUUGAUAGGCGUUCAUAGCAAAGGCAUCAAUUUUAAGGCAGCAAAUUUUGGCGUUGAUAUGGUGGAUGAAAUUUUCGCCGAAUUGAUACAAAAAAGCUUACAAGAUGAUGAAAUUUCUCCCAAACUUGGUCGAGGUAUUGAAGAAGCGGUAUUAUUAGCUAAAGAGCAUGCUGUAAAAGGUGUCAUUCGGAUAAUUCUGAUCAUUAGUGCAGAUGGUACAAGCAGUGAUGAUGCGAUACAAUCAGCGGAAUAUGCAAGAGAUCAACAUUGGCAAGGAAUUAUUGCAAUUUCCAUAAGAGCUCCGUUUAGCGAACUCUUGAAGGAAUUAUCAUCGGGAAGUUCUACCAAAGUGAUUCAUUUCCCAGAUUGGUCGAUCGGAAAUGAAUUAUUUCAAAGCUGGAUUUCUCAUGCUUUUUGCAGUUAUGUUUCUGUGCCAGUAACGAGGAAAAUUAAAUUAACGCGCAUGACUCGACCACCAAUACGAAAAACUUCAAAAAUAUCAAUGAAUGACGCGACCAACAUUGAAGUAACACCGUUAAGUCCGAAUUCUCUACUCGUUUCAUGGACUUGUUGUACGAAUAAUAAAGCAGAUUAUAUCAUUUCGUAUACACCAGAUUUAUCAUUGCCGAAAGAAUAUUGGCAAAAACUAAAUGCAACCUGUCGUGAUAGUUUUGGAAGAAAAAUUAAUGGUUUACCAUCUGAUAACACUUAUACUGUUUGUGUUGAAACAUCACAACGAUUCGCUAACAAAUCUGCUCCACUUAAUCUGAAUGAAUGUGAAACCGUACAACUGGACAGUGAUACUACGACGCUACCAAAUCAAGAACUAUUGGAUAGUCAAUCAGUAUCACAAUGCCAAUGUGUAUGUGCAAAUGAUGGAGAAGCUUUGGUGAAGCCGACAUGCGGAACAGUGAUGGAUCCGUUCCGUCCAGUAGCUACUCUUCCACCAGCUAUAGAUGGUGAAUGUCCCUGCAGUAUGCCUUCAAAAGGUGGAGAAUGUCCCAGUGGCUACUUCUUCAAUCGCGGACAAUGCUAUGAUGUAAACGAAUGUCAACAACAAAAUGGUGGAUGUUCACAUGGUUGCGUGAACACUCCUGGAGACUUUUAUUGCGCAUGUCCACAUGGUAUGAUGCGUGAUCCCGUGGAUCCGAAAGUGUGUAUCAACGUUGCGAGUAGUUUCGACCGAAUUGCAGCACUAUUGGGUCAAUAUCUUCAUGCAAACCGAUUUAAUGCAAAUGCUACCGGUGCUGAAAAAAGUGAUGCACAAACUGAUGGUAAAAUAGUUAGAUAUAAGGCAACAGUGAAAUCAGACGAUGAUAGAACGAUCUCAUAUGAAUGGUCAUUGAUGCCAGCAGUUGUGCGGAGGGCAUUAAAAUGGCUAUUUUGA